GCAUUGAAUGAGUGUCCUAGUGUAGACGGUGUGCAGUUUUGUAGUUUAUGAGCAACAGGGAGGUCCCACAACCGGACGAUAGGCUUUUGCGAUUGGCAAGACGCCCUAUAGCCCACUUGGCAUUAGGACCAGAGGGUGACAAAUUUAUGUUCCGCCAGUUUAGGGAGAGACGGCAGCAACAGCAGAGAGCUAGGGCAGCAGAGGCCAGCAGGGCAUUCGCAAGCGAAACCGUUGUUUCAGCAGCCAUGGCAACUGCUGUGCAGCAGAGUUCCCAGGCCAGCAGUUCAGGGUCAGUAGGGUCAACGGUUGCACAAACCCUGAGUCAGUCCACUAGCGUCAUGGCAAGCCAACCAUUAGUGAUUACUCCCGAUAAGUUUGUCAUCGUGUACCUCAAUGACAUACUUAUUUUUAGUAGGACUGUCGGGGAACAUGUUGCACACUUAGACAAAGUCCUCAGUCUCCUUCGACAACACAAGUUCAAGAUCAACGGGGAGAAAUGCGAGUUUGGUCGCACCCGGAUCUUGUACUUGGGUCAUGAGAUUUCCGCGGAGGGUUUGAAGCCCGAUGACGCAAAGGUGGCCAACAUUCGUGACGGGCCGCGUCCUCAGUCUGUGACUGAGAUGAGGUCUUUCUUAGGGAUGACCGGCUACUACCAUAACUUUGUUAAGAACUAUAGUAUAGUGGCCGCCCCUUUGACUGACCUGACUCGCCUUGACACCCCGUGGGAGUGGACAAACAGGCUUGGUUCUCGCCUGUCCAUGGACUUCAUGGACACGCUGGUCACCAGCAAGAGUGGGAUGAGACACAUCUUUGUUAUCGUGGAUAGGUUUAGUAAGUACGCUAGGUUAGUUGCAAUGCCGGAGACAGCGAAGACUGAGUAUAUGAUUAGACUCUUCAAGGAGAACUGGGUCAGAGACUUUGGGCUCCCAAAGUCUAUUGUUAGUGACAGGGAUGUCAGAUUCACAAGUGAGUUGUGGAAGGCUGCAGCUGCAGAACAGGGUACACAGCUGCAGAUGACCUCCGGGAACCACCCAGAGGCAAACGGCCAAGCAGAGCAACUGAACCGCGCCGUACAACACCUGUUGCGGCACUACAUCAAGCCCAAUCAGGUGGACUGGGAUGAGAAACUUAUUCUCAUCGCCAGUCUGUACAACAACGCUGUGCACAACGCCACUGGGGUGAGCCCUAACAGUCUGCUACUGACGUUCAAGCCUAGACUGCCUCUAGACUUUCUACUACCUGAGAACCAGUUAACUGCUGCACCAGGCACAUUAGAAUUUGCCUAUCGAUAGGAACAAUUGAUGCAGCAUGCAGUGGAGCAAAUGCACAAGGCACAGGCGGCAAUGACAAAGUCCGAGAACAAACACCGCCGCCCGUC